GAGCGCAUGACCGACGCGGUAGCUUUGACUUCAUUAGGGCGAAGGACGUAAAAAAACCGCACAAUAGGGACACAACAAAACCAGCACAAUAAAUACACAAUAAACUGACAACCCAAUCAAUUGUUUACCGUUGAGAUAGCGCUAUGAAGCUAACUCUGCGACGGUACUCCUGGGUGCUUUUGCUUCAGUUCGCCCUUUUGGGAGUAGACCUUCUCUUAAACGCAUUUGGGCCUUCGCUUGCUAGAAACCGAUUGCAGACAGCCAUAUUUCUCUUUGUAAUUCAGGACGCUCUGAUCAUUACGGAGUAUUUGCUGUUCACCAUGGCGCUGCAUUCAACGUGUGCGUACCAGGUCGGUGCCUCCUUCAUAAUCCUGCGGAACUGCAAGCUCUUCAUGAUCAGCAUUACCCUGUACUUUCUUCUGUCCGCCUCCCAGCAUUUCUGGAUCAUCUACCAAUAUCGUCACCCACCAGGCGAAGAAAAUCAGCACUGGCCAAUAGAUCUAAUAUCUUUAUCAUUGGGACAACGCAUCAUGUCGGUUUUCUAUUACUAUAGCUUCAAAUCAACAGCUCUGACCAUGGCGGAUCCCCGCUUCAAGGAGGAACAUUUGGAUUGGAUCGCGGACCAGCUGGCCGAUAAGUAAUGAAGUAGUUUAAAGCGAUGUGUUAUUUGUAGCGUGGAAUUUUUAAGUGUAAGUGAAAACGAUAAGGGAACCAACGCAUAUACUGAAUAACAAGUAAAAUUGGUUGGUUCUGAAUAUACACCAUCGGUCGGCAGCUUCCCACUAAGCGGGCAUAGGGAAUUGCCCUGCUUGUUCAUUGCCGACUUAUAUGUUAAUAUUAAGCAACAAGUUUCGGAACAAACACAUCCAUAAUCUACCCCGUACGGCACAAUUUGCACCUAAAAAUUACUCACAGGGUCUGUCCAUAUACAUAUUAUCCACCCAUUUAAUUAUACUAUUGCCAAAAAUUGAUUUGUUGCACAGGCGUAAUCAAUUAGCUGACAUCUCCCACCCACUGUUAUUACAUAAUAUGUCCAUUAGGGUGAACUUUUUUAUUGCCAAAGAGCUCACCAUCAUAAAUCGCAGUUUUCCGUACAACAUUUUUUUUAAGCCCAAAUUUGCAAAAAAAAUUUUAAAAAGUUAUAUCUUUGGUGGUUUUUCAGGUUAUAUGUAACCUCUUACGCUUGGAAAUAACAUUUUUAACUAGUUCUGAAUUUCGAAUUUAAUUUUAUCAAAAUGGGACGGCUAUAUCAUUUAGCUGCCAUAGUAACGAUCGCAAAAUUGGUGGGAAAAUAAUUUGAAACAAAAUUAUAGCUUCGGUGUUUUCUGACAUAUUAGUUUCUACUCCUGGAAAAAUCAUUCUUUUAGUAUUUCAGAAUUUCGAAUAAAAUUUAAAUAAAAUCGGACGACUUUAUCAAAUUGCUGCCAUAGAAACGAUCGGAUAAUUAAUGCCAAAAUAAAACAUAGACCGUUAUAUUUCGCUUUCGGUAAACGCGGACGGCAGUAAACUUAAAUGGAACAAUAUCUUAUAAUUUUUAUAUUUAGUUUUCAGUUUUCUAAAAAUCGGAAAGCUCCGUACAUACAAUGCUCCCACGGGAACGACCUGCAAGGGUAUAAAAACUUCGGCAUGCCGAAGUUAAUUUUUUUUCUUGUUUUACAUUAAAGUUUAGGGUGUGAGCAAAGGCCUCAAACUUUCUAAAAAAAAAGAACUCACACAACACAUAAACAUUUUUCUUCUUUCCUUAAUUUGUUAACUUGUUGGUUAUGAUCGAACAAGGGAAAUAAAAAGAACCUUAUUUCUUGAG